UGUUCCCUGCACAAGGUUUAAUAAAUCUUCCCCAAUGUCUGGUUUCUCUUUUCGGAAUGUUACAUUGUUAGGGCGGAAGAACCCGUUUUGUCAUUUGAGUUGCGCACAUUCCAGCAAAGAGAAGACUAUUGAGCGCAAUGUUUUCCACCCACUGUGUCAUAGUAAAACUCCAUAGGGGAUAAUUAUAUGCCUCUUGGCACAAGCUUUUGUUGCUUCUUAGAUACCAAGACAAAAGGCCUGACUCUCUGCUGGGUUAAGGCGGCUAACAGUAAAAAGAAGCCCUGUAAAUCUCACAUUCUUACAGAACCUUAAAAGAAGUGCAGACUUCCUUACGGAAGAUCUUAGUAAUAGAAACACCGCCGGGAUAUAAGACCAGUAUUGGAGGAAAUGUUCAUCACAGUGAAAUUUGGAGCUGAUGAUCAUAUUUUAUUAAAUCCCAACUGCAAGGUUGUCAAUUUAACCGAAAGCUUGAGGGUCAAAUGCCAUUGUGGACCUGAGGUUGCAAUUGAUCUCCUGGAUGAGUCAGGAAAUCUUAUUAAUCUCAGUGAUCUUGAAGGAUCCCAAGAUAUUGCUUCUAAUUACCUUAAGGAACGACAAUCUUAUGUUCUGGUCAAAAUUAUCCGUGGUGAAGGAUCUGAGCAGGCACGCUAUGAGUCUUUGCUAGAGAAUCUGUGGAAGCAUCACCCAGAGUUAGCAGAACGUUUGCAGAAGCUCUCAAACCCUCACGUACGGGACAAGUGGCGCAACUCUGUUCAAAAGAAGACUCGAACUCCCAAGGAAACACCUUUUUCUUCUCCAACGAAAAUAAGAGCAGCUUCUCAGUUGAAGAACAAGCUGGCCUAAAUAACUAAUUCAGCCAUAUAGUAAAAUAUGAAGCAAUGUAAAUCAUAGCAGCAGUAACCUACACAGCAAAUCUGGGUAUUAACUGCUGAGCUAUUUAUUGUGCAGAUCGCAUCAUCCAACCGUCAGAUUGAACUCGCCAAAAACAUAAAAAGGAAGAUUUGUCAAACGCCAAAAGACUAAAUGUCAACAAAAUAAGGAUACAUUGCUGAACUUCUGUGAUAAAAUCAAACAGGAAUAGGUUAUUUAACUUUUUAUAUAUAUUUUUUGGAAUCUUGAGAUUGAAUAAAUUCAUCAGAAAUGACUAUUACUUUGGGUCACAAAAUGUAAAGUGCUUGUUUGCGUCGCCAGAUAUAGAACUAUGUAACGUCCACUGGCCAGCGUUCAGAAGAUUUAGUUCUGAACAAUGUGCGUGCGCAGCGUGUGCACGGCGUUCGGAACUAUAUGUUCUGAACGCUGGCCAGUGGAGUACCCCUUUAAAAGAAGGUGUAAAGUGUUAUAUAGAUGGAUUAUUGCUUCUGUUUCAACAGUUUUAAAAUAUGCCAAAUACUGUAACACAAUAAGAUGUGUUAUUCUAAUUAUUGUAAUUCAAUUAGUUGUGAUUAAAGAUGAUUGUAACACUAUGGAUACAACUGUAGCAA